UGAACAUUUAACAAAUUUUAGGACCCGAUGGAUGCUGCCGAGGAUUUUCUUGAUCUCCUAACUGAAAACCAUAUGCUUCAUAAAGGUGAAUUAGUUGUACGUUGUGCGGGGUGCCAGAAUCCUUUAUUAGAUCGGAUCAUGAUGAAGCUCAAGGACCAACUUUGGCACGCCAACUGUUUACGUUGUUCAGUAUGCGAAACGCCUCUCACAGAAAAAUGCUACAGCAGGGAUUCACUCAAUUUCUGCCAUGAACAUUUUUACAGAAAGUACGGCACUCAGUGCAGCGGAUGCAAUAAAGGAAUCAUACCACUGGAAACAGUCCGCCGAGUCCGAAACCUCGUCUUCCACCUGCAUUGCUUCACGUGUUACUUGUGCAGCAGGGAACUGGCCACGGGAGACCAUUUCUUUCUCAUGGAGGACAAGAAAUUAAUUUGUCAAGGGGACUAUUACAGUGCGUCUACAACGGCUAUCGUGGACAACGGUUCCGGUAAUAAACGUCCACGAACUACAAUCUCGACAGUCCAACUAGAAGCCCUGAAAUUGGCCUACCAGAGGAGUUCCAAACCCAGUCGGCAUGUCCGCGAACAGCUGUCAGCUGAGACGGGUCUCGACAUGAGAGUGGUGCAGGUUUGGUUUCAAAACCGAAGAGCCAAAGAAAAACGCCUGAAGAAAGAAGCUAAAAAGUCAUAUUGGGAAAAUAAAUGCUAUACAGAUAAAGUACAACAAAUAAAGUCUAGUAAUCUUCAGGAAAGUCCAGAAGAAACAGAACAUAAGAAUGGACCUUAUGAUAGAAACUUAGCUGACUGGCUGUUUCAAGCUUCUGAUUUUAGACUGACAGUAUUUCAACAGAUAUUUUGCUACACAAAUGGAAAAAAAUAAUUUCAGAAUUCUUUACAUUUUCAACUUAGUUCUAAAAUUCAGCA